GUUUUGACUGAAAAUGCCGUCGGUUUCGAAAACGGCGGCCAAUGCGUCUCCUCAAACCGAGAAACCUUCCCACUAUACAUACUUAAAGGAGUUCAGGACAGAGCAGUGCCCGUUGUUCCUCCAGCACAAGUGUACGCAGCACAGACCGUUUACGUGCUUUCAUUGGCAUUUUCUCAACCAGCGGCGGAGACGACCCAUCCGAAGAAGAGACGGCACGUUCAACUACAGCCCCGACGUGUACUGCACGAAGUACGACGAGACGACAGGCAUUUGCCCCGAUGGAGACGACUGUCCUUAUUUACACCGGACGACCGGAGACACGGAGCGCAAAUACCAUCUACGCUAUUACAAGACGGGCACUUGCAUCCACGAGACGGAUGCUCGAGGCCAUUGUGUGAAGAAUGGACUCCACUGUGCGUUCGCUCACGGGCCACAUGACCUCCGACCUCCUGUCUACGAUAUCAGAGAGAUUCAAGCACAAGAGGCCCUUCAAAAUGGCCAGUUGGGAUCAGGGGAAGGUAUUCCUGACCUGCAGCCCGGUGUGUUGGCCAGCCAAGCUAUGAUUGAGAAAACUCUGACGGAAGACCCCCGGUGGCAAGAUACCAACUUUGUUUUAGCCAACUACAAAACGGAUCAGUGCACGAAGCCCCCGAGACUAUGCAGACAGGGCUACGCCUGCCCCCACUACCACAACAGUAGAGAUCGAAGACGGAAUCCAAGAAAGUUCAAAUAUCGGUCGACUCCGUGCCCGAAUGUGAAGCACGGGGACGAAUGGGGCGAACCCUCCAAGUGUGACAGUGGAGACGGCUGCCCGUACUGUCACUCUCGCACCGAGCAGCAGUUUCACCCAGAGAUCUACAAAUCUACCAAAUGCAAUGAUAUGCGACAAACUGGAUACUGCCCCAGGGGACCGUUUUGUGCUUUUGCACAUGUAGAAAGAAUUCCCUCUACAGAGGAGACCAUGAGCUCACUGCUCACGGUGAUCCAGACCAGCUCACAGGCCCAGCUGGGCUCUCAGCAGUACUCUGAGUGCGCCGGCAGUGAGUGGACCAGCGGAGGCAGCUCUGCAACCAGUAGCAACGGACAAGUAGGAAGUGUCUCAUGUUCUAAUAGCUCGCCUGUAACGCCAAGCUCAGGAGUUAACCACUUGUUAUUCCCAGUGGGGUCCGCCGGCAGGCCCCGCCCCUUAACUAGUCGUAGUUUAUGCGCCGCCACAUCCAGCGUCUCGCCUCUGACGCCUAACUAUCCUAGAGCUCCGGGCUUUGAACAGAUGAAGAACAAGGGACAGGUGGAUCUCAAAUUAACGGACCAAGAAAAACAGACACAAAACGCGGUGUUCUCUGCGGCGAACCCGUUGGCGUCGAGCUUCACCUCCAGCGUCACGUCCAGCUUGGCCUCGAGCGUCGGCUCCAACAGCUCUUCGCCCACCACCUUAUCCACCAUGAAUGCAAAGGCCACGCCUUUCUACCCGGGGAGCAACACGGUGGAGUCCGUCAUCGGAUCGGCGUUGGACCUCAACUUCAGUGACAUUGACGUGGCGUCUCUGGAGAAGGAGCUGGAGGAGCAAGACGACAGCGUCGGGCUGGCGAGUCAAAGGUUGCUCGCCGGCUCGGCCCCGGUCAACAUUCCCGGCUCCCUGGCGCGGUCGUCGUCGUUCCACUCGUCGUCGUCGCUCUCCACCUCGCCGCUCGGCUCCCUCUCCCAGUCGCUGUCGCAGUCGCUGCUGUCGGCGACGCUGUCGCAGCGGAAUCACUCAUCAAACGUGCUGGCCAAGCAGGAGCACGGCCUCCUGGGGACCCUCAGCUCCUCUUCCCAGAAUUCAUUGGGCUUGAACGGCGGGGCGAGCAGCAUUUGGGACUUUGUGAGCGGCAGCUUUUCCCCCAGUCCGUCUCCAGUGUUCAGCAGCCUCACCGCGGCCGCCGGCAGCGCCGACCUGGCUCGCCUCUUCAGAGACCUGGACGAGGCCAAGAGGAAGAUCAAGCAGUGGGAGGAGGCCUGGCAUCAGGUCAAGCAGGCCUGCGAAGCGUGCCAGAAAGAGACGCGCGACGCGAAGGAGCGAGCGAAGGCGUCGGAGGCGGAGCGUCGGCUGGCGGAGCAGAAGUGGGAGGAAACGGAGCGCAGGCGGAAAGAGCUCCAAGGGGACUUUGACGUGCUUUGUCGCACCCCGGGGACUCCUCUCCUCCGUAGCUAUAGAGAGCUGGACAAGCUGCCCUUGUCCAAGCUCCACUCCAUCCAGAGUCGGCUGCGUAAUGACCUUGACCUUAUAGACGGGGUAAUUUAUCAGCUUCAGUCAAAGAAAUGUGUAGUUUGCCAAAAGCAUGACCGCUGCGUCGUGCUGCAGCCGUGCCAGCACUACGUGCUGUGUGAGAGCUGCGCGCCUAGUAAAACCCAAUGUCCCUAUUGUAGAACAAAAAUACUCAAGUGGUGAUGGGAAAUGACUCCGAGGUACUAUUUAACAAGAUUUAGCCCUUUUGCAAGAGAAAAAAAACGAAUAGAUAUUUACAUUUUCUAAAUGGCAAUGUCUGUUUGCCGUACGGUGAUUUAGAAUACGACGGAUGUUUGACUGAGAAAGCAAAAUAGUGUUAUGAAUCAGAUUGUGUACGUGGGGAUUUCAUCAUUUCUAGCUUUUUGCUCAUUUUAUGUGCUCGUUAACUUCCUGACUGCAAAGCCACGCACUCGCUUGAGGAUAUUAAAUUAACUCGUUGUGCCCUUUUCCUCAAAUGACAUACUUUGUUUACAUUUGUCAGCGAUGUGUUUUGGGCUAACACGCAAAGCCAACCUGACAUGCAGCUCACACGGUUAAUUAAAACAAAUGACACGCAAACGUCGUCGACUCAAAAGACGGAACGAGAGUGAGUCGGUAUGUCCUCCUCCGGGAAAUACUUUGGAAAUAUUGUGACUCAAACUCUGAUCUCUUUCAAGUUUCAUGCACUUAAAGUCCUUCAAAGGCUCCAGAGGAAAUGUAUAUUAACAGAUUAUUAUAUUUGGAGAAAGGAAACUCACUCGCUGUAACUUCACUCUUGAAUCUUCACUGAAGAGUUCUUGUUUUAAUUGGAGAUAAAUAAAUUUACAAAACAUGCGUUUCUCUCAUACUCUUAAGUUUAAUGGUCAGUUUUCAGUUAUUUUGAUGGUUUGGGGGGGGGGAAAUGUUGAUAAACCGCAUAUAAUCUCAAAUGCAAAGAAAUCAACGAGUUAACAUUUUAAGACGUACUGCCACGACACGUUCGGCGAUGUGAAACAUAAAAUGGGCAAAACUCAAAAGGCUUUUCAAUUGUUAAAGAGGAACACAAUAAAUCAAACAAAUUCACACUUUUGGAAGCUAAAUGAAACGGUGCAUUCAAAACUAUGGGAGUAAUGACAACAAAAAGUAAUCCGUGGCCAAAAUAUUGUCCGACUACAGAGACUGAAUUGAGGCGUUGGUGCUGGAACACACCCGCACCUCCACGCAACGCACCUCUGUGCUCCUCUUUCAACACAUUUUCAUAAACAUCUUUUUAAAAGCGAGCGGUCAAGCAUCAUUUAAGUUUGAUUUGUUAUUGAAGCACUUUGAUGACUGGGACUUUAUUAAAGGUUAUAUAUAUAGACAUCUGCUUUAAGCUGCUUUUGUAGUUAUUACGCUUGUUUUUCUUUUCUUUUUUUAAGAUUUUAUAUAUAUUUCUUUUCUAUAUAAGCUAAUGUCUGAAGCUCUUCGUGUGUGUGUGUACUGUGAAACAUCGUUUGGAUACUUCAUGUUUCCUUCUUGUAAAAUCAUGGCUUGGUUCUACACAUUAAGACUUCCUAGAAAAGUACUUCCUAGUUUCUACUUUCAUAGUUCGAUUUAUAUAAAAUUCAAUCAAAUAAGUGCAAAUUUAAAAAAACUGCAUUUAGCCAUAACCAGCAGCUGUAAUAUCAGAAAGGCACAUGCUACAUGUUGAGGCUGUAAUUCAAUCAGUUAGAUUGGUCUGUAGAGAUUUAUAUCGCCGGUCCUCUUAGAAACGCAUGUCUUGUAGGGCUGCAACUAACGAUUAUUUUGAUAAUCGAUUAAUCGGUUGAUUAUUUUAUCGAUUAAUCGGAUAAAAAAACAAAAAAACAUUAAUUUUCAACCCUUUAUUCAAAACAGGGUCCGUACGGUCAUGGAAAACCUGGAAAAGUCAUGGAAUUUUACAAUGGCUAUUAGCAGGCCUAGAAAAGUAAUUGAAAAAAAUAAAAUUCCAAAAUAUUUGGAAAAGUAAUGCAAAUUUGUUUUAUUCAAAUGUUAAUUUACACGCUAUAUAUACGGUAUGCUUUGGAAUUCUCAUUGAUAGUUUAAAUACUACAUCUUCUCACUUUGUCACGUAUAGACCGAGUUUUCACAAAAUGUUUAAUCAUGGAAAUUUGGUUUAGUCAUGGAAAGGUCCUGGAGAUCCACUGGUCAGCAUGUGGAUGAACCCGUCACAAACAGACUGACAGCUUUCCUCUCCUGAGCAGUGGUCCCCAUGUGGCCCCCUGAACAAUAUCAGAGACGCGUUCCGAUUUAUUAUUUUUUUCACCUGGCCCGCUGCCGUUGAGAUUGCAGUGAGACGCGGAAAAAAUGUGAAGUGGUGCUCUUCGCAAUAAAACAUCUUUGAAGGGACGUGUCGAGUCUCGGCCAAUCAGCGUUCAGAUAUCGACAGCGUUUGGGAAGUUAGGUUAGCUUGAAUGUUAGUCCGCUACAUCUGCUGCUGUCACGCUGCACGGUGUAGCGAUACUAACAAAGUACCCGUACGUUAAAAACGAUGUGAUUUAGCAUAUUUUUAGUGUCGAUACUUCAUUAAAAGAGCGAUUAGAGCGCACGCGCUGCUCCGCUCCGUUAAAUGUCUGCACGCGCAGCGCUCACACAGCGAGUAGCGUCGUGGCUUAUCUCCGUUGCCUUUCUCCGUGGAAAAAUAUUUUCCGCUAUCCGCCACGGAAUAAAUAACCACGUUUUUCGUUAUACUCUUGUGGAAAUGCCACACACGUCGUGACAUGUAGCGCCCUGGUGUCUGGGGUCAUAACGUCACCCGGAGGCGCACUCAGCUCCGUGAAUGUCUCCGACUACGUGAAUGACUUCCGCAUCCAGCGCCACGUGAGCAGCAGCAGCCAAUUAGAUUCAUCAACAGAGGAGCAGCUCAGCGCUGAUUGGCUCUCACAACACAGCGUUCCGUCUCUCCCUCCGCUCUGGUUUCCCCUGCGCCGCUCUGCACUCAACUCAACUUUGUUUAUACUCCGUGACUUAUUGAGCGCCGUAAUAAUCGCGCGACACAACGAAUCGAUAAUGAAAUUCGUUGCCAACUAUUUUAAUAAUCGAUUUUUAUCGAUUUUAUCGAUUUGUUGUUGCAGCCCUAAUGUCUUGUAUUAGCUAACGCAUGAGAUGGUGGUUUUGUAGGACUCGAGUCUCUUCUGGAACAUAUCGGCCUCGAACUCUAAAGUGCCUUCGUUAAAAAGGUCUUGUGUAGAAUUGUCAGAGCGAAACACGAGAAAAAUGUUUCUGCCAAACCUCGUUUAACUUUGCGGAAACAUUGACGUGCGUACGACCUGAAGCGUGUGUGUGUGUGUGUGUGUGUGUGUGUGUGUGUAGAUAUAAGCCGGUGUAUUUGGCCCACUGAUGAUGGAUUUCUGCAGAAAGCGAAACGCGGUCGGCCCCCCGUGUCCUGACUUUAAAAAGGAACCGAGUUGGCAGGACUCUCAUCGAAACGACCGUCUACUGUGUUAAACCAGUUUUUAUUCAUGCGUUUAAAUCCAGUAGAACAUCACGUAUCUCCAGGUACACCUUUUUGAUACUUCUAAAUAUGAGACAAUGCAUUGUUUACAUUCAUAUAAAAUGACAACUAAGCAACUCAGAGGACAAUAAUCCAGAAAAAGGUUUAUGGUAUUUCAGCAUUUAUGAUUUUUCUUUGAUUCAUUAUAGUACAGCGUGCCAGGCAGGCUAAGCACCUCUGGUAUUGCAUGUUAUGCGAUAUAUUAACCAGCUACUUAAAAAACAAACAGUUUGCACCGUCACACUGCCAGAAUAUUUGUGUAUUAUUUUUAGUGUAGUAAUUAAUAGGCUUAAUAGCUUCUGCAAGCUUCACUGCUACUGGGAAAGGUAUUAAUGUAGUUUCUUGUUCCGCAUCUAGAUAUUUGAAUGUCGUUGUGCAUCCACAGAGCAGAUUUCCAAAACUAUGAUGUAAUCUUCGGCAUCUCAUUUUAACUCCAUCUGAGUCGACGGGUCAGUGCUUCUGCUAAUCUCACGCUGGAUGAUGUCACAGACCUGGGCUGCUGUAGCAGCGCCGACAGGUAAACGUACAGUCGUUGGGUUUCUCUUCCCCCGGUAGAGCGGCUCUCACAGGGCCACAGGGUCGGCCAACGGAAAUAUUGAAAUCUGAAAAUCAACCAAAGUGGUGUACGACAUGUCCACGUGUGUAUUCUAGAAAGUGAAAUGUACCCGUGAACAUAAUUCUAAUGAUUCCUACGGUAUAAUGGGACGUAUUGGUCUUCAGGGCGGAGCGCCGAGGCCGCCCGGGUGUAACCGACAGCGAGGACUUCUGCUUUUGGGUGGAUUUUUGCUUUAAUAUUUCCUCACAGGAUAAUGCCAAUGGAUUUUGGUUUCCAACAAUAAUGGACUUGAGCCCUUUAAAAAAAAAAAUGUUUUGGCAGUUUUACCAAAGAUUUUGAACUGUUAUUUCUUUUCUUUGUUGCUACAUUUUACUAUUUGUUUUAUUUCAGUAACAAAAAAACCUACAUUUAUUUUGCAACAGUAAUCACCUAGUACCGUAACGAGAUAAUGUUCAUUAACGGCAUCUUUAAGUUAGCGAUAGUGAGUUGAGAACAUAAAUGCAUGACUCCAACCUUACUAAAUGUGUAUUUGUUCAUUUGAUUGCGUGUUAUAGGGCAGGCCUGUGCAAUGGUGGCUAGCACACGGCCAGCUUAAGGGAGGAUCCAGCAUCAGUUUACAUGUUGUUGUCUCCAGUGAUGACUGUGUGCUUCUGAAGUGGCCGCACACACGCGGUUUGUUGACUUUGCUUCACUACAUAAUCUCAAUCACUGUGUGUUACCCAUUAUAUGCUGUUAUGUAAGGGGCUUUCUUUCUAUCUGACUCUUUUAUUUUUUAAUUUAUAUUUCUUAAAAGCAGGGUCCAAAUUUAUUUUUAGUUUUUGUACAACUGACGGGACGGACGACGACUGUGAGAAACAUCGAUGGCAGGUACAGACGUAAUUAAAACUGAGUGGUUAUUCAUAUUUGUUGUUGGUUUCAAGUGGUCUACUAGCCCCCAAUUCAGUUAGUUUUUUUUAAUCACUUAAUAAGCACAGCUUUCAUUUCUUUAGAUUUGUUAAAUUAAUCUCAAACGGACCAGCUACAAGUACAUCUGUGCCUUUUUUUAUUUUUAUGAUUACAUAAUGUUGAUUGGUAUGAAAAGAAUAUGUCUCGGCGACAGUGUUUGCUCUCGGUAAAAUGGCAACAAAUUAAACCUGUUGAAUUGGAAUCAAAAUUCCAGUGCCUUACUUAUUUUUAUUGUUGUGGACCACAAUGUGACCGCUAGAGGGGCCUCUCCAUCAAGGCCUCGCUUAAUGGUUCCAAAAGAGGAAGCAAAGGUUCGGACGUGGCUGAUUAUCGUCCGUCUCGGUCUGUUUAUGCCAAACCGUGAAAAAGAAACCGCAAUACUGAAACUGUUGAAGACACAAUUUUGAUCUCAAUAAGUCAUCUGGCACCAAAAACUCACAUGUUGGUAAGGAAAAGCACCAAAAUGGGAAAACUUGUGUAAAUGAGCUGUAAUCGAUGUGUCAUGAUGUUCUGCAUUGGAAUAGGUUCAUCUAUUUUGCAUUAUUGUUAGUUGUUAGUUUUGUUUUUAAUAUUAUGAAAAUGGAAGCUUGACAAUUUAUGCAAUCUUGUACGAUGAUAUGAUGUAUAGGGCUUUUUCAAAUUAAGUAUAAUACAACGGGUGUUGUCAGCAGUAAAUCUGAAUGUGGAACCAGUGGUUUCAGACACUUUGGAACAUUUCAGUAGAAAUUAUAUUUUAACAUUGAAGCCCUGAAAUAUUGAAUGUAUUGUUCUGAAUUGGAUAUGAAAUGAACAGGUCACUGGAUAUUAUGGCGCUCGGUUAAUUCAUUAUGAUGUAGCAUCUAGAUGUGAAUUGCUAUUCAAUAAAAUGUAUUAGUACUAAAACAAAUGCAAGUUUUCACAUAUUUUUAAGCAUAAUGAAGAAAUUGAGGAAAUAUAUAUAUUUUUCUCCGGGUCAUAAAGUGAUUUAAUAGAUAAUGUGUUAAAUUUGAAAACUGCAUUUCAUGGAUUGAUUUACUGUCAGUGGGUUUAGACAUUAUUUAUAGAUUAAACAAUAUGUCCCUUAUUUUGUGAUGUGCUAUAUGGAUAUUUAGGAAAUUCUCUUCUGUUAAUUGUAGAAAUGAUUAUGUUGGUUUAUUGAUUUGUUUGUGUUGCAGAACAUAAAACUAAGUCUUAGAAUACUUCAAUAGAUUGAGGAUUGUGUACAGAAUAUUUUCUGUAGUGCAUUACUAGUAUGUUAGCACAUGUUAAAUUGUUACACUACAGUUAUGCAAUGGUUUACAGAGUUCACAAAAUUAUUUUUAUCUUGAGUAUUAAAAUCAUUUUUCAUCUGAAA